UUGUGGAUCCCUUAAAAGGAAAUUUUUUAAAAUGGGUCUCCACUUUAUGUUAAUAAUAAAUUGCACAUCAAAGCAUGAAUAGAUAGAAUCUCAGCGGACUUUGUAUCAAAAUUAAAUUUGUAUUUCUAGUAUUAUUAUUGCCAGUAUAUAUUUGUUUCUUGUCUUCCGCUGAGACUAAUUGCGUCCACUACCAGGAGGCUCCAAAUUGUAGCUUUUUGGUGUAGGGGAGUGUGGUGGGCAAAAUAAAAUUGUUGAAUAGCAACAAUGCUAUGUUAUGCUGGUUGCUGGUAAAACGUAUCGAUUUCAGCUAUAUCAGUUCCCAGUUCCCGGUUCCGAAAGUGCCAACAACAUUGGUCGACAAUUCGAGAACGGAAUUCUCUUUAUUUUCAUAGACUGCUAUUGACUUUUGUUUGGAUCAAACUUCUAGAGUGAAGUGUGUUGAAAAUUUUAAACAGUCAAUAGGAGCGAUAAUGCAAAAAAAAAACGAACUUCUACGAACUACAAAACUGUGAAAAGGAUAUGCUAACGUAUAUCAAAAUAAACGUCUUGGUUCUUGUUUAAGAUUCAACGAAAAGUAUUUUGAAAGAAUCUUUUUGUCAUGUCACUCACCAUAUUCACACGAUGCGUGUUCCGCGCUAAAUAAUCGAAUUAUGUGUAUUCACAUAAGAGCCCUAUCAACUGUGAAAUGAGUGCAGUCUUAUCUCAGUAGGUUACCUCGGGUGCUAAUCAUUGUUUGAGAGCAACGUACUUGCUAAGUAAAACAACUUACGGUGUGCGUUACAUGUCAGAUAACAGAUCAUCGUGUUCACUUUUAAUCACGUUGCAAAUAAGAGCGGAUACUAGUUUCCACUUAUGUGUUAUCGGAGGAGUUGAACAAAACAUCAUCUUGUUUAAUGAAUUUUUCGUUCACAGAUCUAAUCGAAAAUGGUAAUCAAAAAGGCGAUCGCAGAUAAAGCAUUCAUCGAAAGCCAAAUCAGCUCGAAACGGUUCCGUCCCUUCGCAAGACAGAUUAUCGCAGCGACUGGCCCCAUAAUUUCGAGCGCCGCGGCUGGAAUGACGAAUGGCUUCUCUGCAAUUUUACUGCCACAGCUUCAGAAACCGGAUAGUUCGAUUCAAAUCAGUAGUGCGCAGUCCUCAUGGAUUGCUUCCAUGGCACCACUUCCCAUGGCUGCCGGAUGCCUUCUGGGAGGACUUUUGAUGGAAAAAUUCGGGCGAAAAACCACACACCUGAUUUUGAAUAUUUCUUUUGCGGUUGGAUUCUGCGUGCUGUCGAUGGCGUUGACCUACGAUAUGAUUUUGGUUGGGCGUUUCAUCACCGGAUUCAGCUGUGGAUUGGUUGGUCCUCCAGCUUCUGUUUAUAUAGCGGAAACAAGUCAUCCCAAGUACCGAGGAAUCCUACUGGCGGGGGUCACUUUUGCAGUUUCGUCCGGGAUUCUCGUUUCGCACGUGUUUGGCACUUUUUUCCACUGGAAAAUGGCGGCAUUGUUUUGUUCAUUUUUCAUGGCUGUGAGCUACAUAUUUGUAGUUUUGUGUCCGGAAAGUCCAACUUGGCUGUUAUCGAAAGGAAAACGUCACGAAGCAGAAUGUGCUUUUCAUUGGCUCAGAGGAUACGAUGCUGAAUCCACGAAAGAAUUCAACGAUAUGGCGGCAAAAUAUGGUGGAAACAACGAUGCCAGUGCGUCGAAGGAGUCUCCACCAACGCUGAUGGAAAACGUUCUACGAAAAGAAUUUAUCAUACCGCUGGUCACUUUACUGUUAUUCUUCUUUACAAUGCAAUUCUCCGGAGUCAACAUCGUUGCGUUCUAUUCCAUAUCACUCAUGAGAACAACAAUUGGUAACAACAUCAAUGAGUACUUAGCCAUGCUGAUAGUUGAUCUCGUUCGGGUGAUCACUUCGUUGCUCGCAUGCAUCCUGCUUCGUUCGGUCGGCCGACGUCCGCUGGCAAUGCUCAGUGGCUGUGGAACAACUGUUAGCUUAAUAGGAUUGUCCAUUUUUCUGUACUUCCAAACAAGCAUCCAGCUGUACCAGAAUCUCUCCUGGAUGUCACUGAUAUUCCUUAUCAGCUACAUAAUUUUUAUCGGAAUAGGACUCUUUCCGCUGCCGUGGUGUAUGAGUGGAGAAAUUUUUCCCAUUGCUACCAGAGGAAUCGGAUCCGGACUGACAUCGUCGUUCAACUUUAUCUGUUUCUUCAUUGUGAUCAAAACUGGGCCGACGCUUUUCGAAACAGUCGGAACGAAUGGAACGUUUAUGGUUUACGGUAUUAUUUCACUGAUUGGAACACUGCUUCUGUAUAUGAUUCUGCCGGAGACAAAAAAUAGAACAUUACAGGAGAUUGAAGAUACGUUCAGGGCAGGUUGGAGACCUUCCAAGAAAACACUUGUCGUUGAUAAUAAGGUGUGAUAUUUUCUGUGACUACUGGUUAUUUUCUUUAAGCUAGUAAAUUUAUCGUUUAGUUUCCACUCGAUUGUUAACGUUAUGUACAGAUAGAAUGUGUAAUUAAUUUUAGAUACCGUUGACUGAAGAGUAAAUAUUUCCAUGUAAAUUCUGAAAUAUAGAAUAAAUUUUAAAAAAUUUGUGAAGUUUUUCAGUAGGAAUGGACCCGUACCCAGAAUCUAGUUUCAGGAGGGACCCUCAGAAAAAAAAUUGUAACUGAAGAUUAAUUUACCGGCGUUUUCAACAGACACUAAACUUUUCCACUGGAACUGUCAUUAUGGAGUAUUCAAAUAAAAUUUGUAAUUGUGCCCGA